UCAGUUGCGAAUUUUACUUUCAUCCGAGCGGUUGACUACGUUUUGGCACUAAAGACUUGAUGUGCUAAGUUUGGGAUUUGUUGAAAUAUAAUAACAAAGAUACGGGAGUGCAAAAAAAAUCAAAAUAAUAAAAUACAAGUGAAGUGUUAUGUAAAUUUCAAGCGAGUGGAAGUUAUAGCUUGAUUAUUUUCGAAAAAGUGCUUUGAAAAAUGUUACGUGGAAUAUUUUAUGACCUCUUAAUGCAUCCGGAAUAAGUAAAAAGUGAUUAUUAAAUGUUUUGAAUAAACCCACUACUAACGCUAUUUAAAGUUAACUCUGUGAAAAUGUGUGAAUUAAACAAACCGUAUAGCAAAAGUGCAACUCUGCAAAAGUACUGCAAAUAACGGUACAAAAAAUGUAAAAGAAGAAUCAAACAACGAAAAAUCUGAAAAUUCGAAUAAAAAAUAGUUACAAAAAAUAAUUUACUGACCAUACCAAAAUGUUGGAGACCAAGUCAACGACAACUCGGUUCAAUACCAAACACCCCAUACUUCACUCCAAGCCACAUUUCACACUGCUACUAAUACUAAUAACACUACUCUGCUGCCCACUAACGCUGCAACACGCCAUCACAGAACCCAAGACUACCAAUAACCCCGGCACAACAGCCACGCCCGAUACCGCCAGUUCGGGCAGUCACUUCGUGCCGCAUCGUUUCUCAAGCAGCAACAACAUAACCAUAUUACACGAGGUGCACGGACUGCAUAACGUGAACGAACGGCCACUCGUACUCAACACACACGAAGUACUGCCGGUGAAACCGUUGAAGAAGAAACCCUACACAUUGCUGGACAAAACGAUCUUUCCCGACUAUGAAAAACCGCGACCGCUCAAGGAAUACGAACUGCAUCCGGUGACAUUCGAUUUCAAUUUAAGCGAUUUGGAGGAUCUCGCGCAUGAGACCGUGAAAAAGGGUGACCUCAGCGCUGAGGAGAAACAUUUACUGCGCAAUGCCGAUGAGGCGGGGCUCAGCUACAGCGAACGCGUGCUGCCUUUUGAGGAGAUUGAGAGUGGCGUGGGGUUGGCGGGUGAGCCGGCGACCGAAGUCACAUUGACUGUUUACACAACAGAGGUUACGAGUUUCCCAACAACGAAUGCGACGCCGGUGAGCACCACACCAUUGAACACCACACCGAUGAGCACUUCCACAGUGAGCACUACAUCGAUGAGUUCCUCACCAGCGAGCACGACCACCUCCACCGCUGCACCCAUUCUCACCACACCCAACGUUGUGGCCACCAUAAGUCCACACAUCUUUAAGACGCACAAGAAUAAAACACUGAAGAAGGGUCGCGAGCUCUUCAAGCAAGAGGAGGAGAUGCCGAAGAACGCCGGUAAUAAUUUCAAUAGUAUAAGCCAUUACUUCGGUGCGGAUCCAAUUGUGGGUGAAGUGAAUGCGACGGCGGCUAGUCUGCAGACGGCGAAUUUCUUUCAAAUCGCCACAAAUUUGUAUGAUCACUUCUACUGGCAGGCUUCCGAGAUACGCACCAAAGUGAGCACCGCUUGUGGACUCGAGAUGCAGGCAUAUUUGACAGGGCUGCAUGGGAAUUUCAAUUGGGCGCAGAAGGCAUACGAUGCCUCCGGUCGCUAUCGUGGACAAUUAUUCUUCGGUAAUGACAAGUGGCUGGGUCAGAAGAACUUUUGCUAUGAACUAAAUCGUCAAUUAAAUCCGGAUGAGCGUAAACAUUUCGAAUUUGAGUUUUAUGCGGCAUUGGUGGCGUUACGCUUGUGGAUGCCGCAACCAUUGAUUCUCAACCUUCAAUUGGGCGAAUGCCUGCCACGCUCCUGCAGUGCACACGACGUACAAGCCAUUCUCACAUUAGAUCCACAUGCCCAAAUGCUAGUCACACUAAAUACCGCGGCUGCCAUGCAUGCACAACACAAUCAAAGCAGUGGCCACAUUAGCAGCGUGAGUGGCAACAACAACAACCAUACUAGCAGCAACAACAAUAACCACACGUUAAUACAAGUACUACAUGUGCGUACAGUACCCGGCUUAUUUAGCUAUUGGCGUGAGCUAAAAUUCCAAAUAUUUCUAAGUUUCAUGCUCACACUCUUGCUGCUCGUCAUCACAGCCACUUGGUAUCAGGCGAAAUUGAAUCAGCUGCAACACAACGCGCCGCACAUACCAGCCAUAAGCGCGAAAAUUGAUGCCGUCAUGGCGGCCACAGCCGCAGGUGGUAUGGUAACGUUGGAUGCCGGCGCUGCGGGUACAUACACCAACAAUGGCUCGAACUGUGGCAGUAUAAAAUCGACGAGAGGCCACCGAGCGCCGGCCUUCGAAGUGUAUCAGAUGAGCACGCUCAGCGAGAACAACAAUGUGCUUGACAUUGAGGCCGACGUCAAUGGCAAUAAAACGGUGAAUAACGGUACUGGCGCUGGACAUGCCAAUGGGCAUAGCAAUGGCAACGCCGCAGCACCAUCCACAAAUGGUGCUGGUGGCAGUGGGAGCAGUAAUGGUGGCGGCAGCGUGCGUCGCCCACACAGCGAGCUGGCAGCGGCGGAGGUCGGUAAGUCACAUUUGGCCGAUUAUCGGCUGGAGACGGGUAGCAGUGUGGGUGCGACCAGCACGUAUGAGCCGAAGAAGCAAUUGAGUUUGCAUGAGCAGCUACUACUAUGUUUUGCAUUUCAAACGAAUGCCGGCACCAUACUCAAUAUGACGGAGAACAAAGAGCAACAAACCUCCUGUGUGCAUGGCUUGCGUGUCUUCUCCGUGUUGUGGACGAUAAUGGUGCAUACAUAUUUGCAAAUGUUUACCAUCGGUGAAAAUAGAUUCCAACGCAACAUCGUUGAGCGCUCAAUUUGGUAUCAGUUCGUGGGUAAUGCCACCUUCUCGGUUGAUACAUUCUUCUUCAUCAGCGGCUUCCUGGUCACGCUGAUAUUUCUGAAGCAGGAUAAAUCGUAUCCGGAUGAUACUGGUCAAUUUUUGAGACGCAGCAUGAGGGAGACUGGUUUCGUAUUGCUUUACCGUUAUAUACGCUUGACGCCGGCAUAUUUAUUUGUAAUAUUCUUUAAUGAUUUCGCUUUGCGUCAAACUUUCAACAACUCCGUCUUCCAACCGAAUGUUGCCGCCGACACUUGCAGCAGCUAUUGGUGGCGCAAUAUACUCUACAUCAAUAAUUUCUAUCCACUGAGUGAAAUUUGCAUGAUCUGGAGUUGGUAUAUGGCUAAUGAUAUGCAAUUCUUUGUGAUGGCCACUCUGCUGUUGGUGCUCUCCACGAAAUACUUCAAAUCGGCUGCAAUCAUCGUCUGCUCAUUCUUGCUUAGCUCUUGGGGUAUAUCGGGCGUCAUUUCACUACAUUACCGUUAUACACACAAGGUGGCCAAUCCAUUUGAAUCAUUUGAUUUUCUCUAUGACAAGCCAUGGCAGCGUGUUGGCACUUAUAUAAUGGGCAUGCUAGCCGGUCUCAUAAUCUACAAAGUGAAAAAACCACCACCGCUAAGCAAUCGCACACACUAUCUACUCUGGCUGGGCAGCUGGUCGCUAUUGGCGCUGAUAAUUUUCGGCGUGUGGAAUGGCGAACUAAGUCGUCUGAUGACGGCCUUCUAUGUUAGCAUCGGCCACACAGCCUUUGGCGUCGGCCUCAUUUGGAUAGUUUUGUCCUGCUGUUGGGGCAUUGCGCCCACCGCCAAUCGUAUACUCUCCUAUCGUGGCCUCUGGCCGCUCUCACGUCUCACCUACUGCACUUACCUCAUACACCCAGUCAUAAUGCUAAUCACAUCGUUUCGCAUGAGUGGCAUUGUGCAUUUGAAUAAUCUCUUCGUAAUGACUAUAUUUCUGGGGAAUGCGGUCGCCUCAUUUGGUGUGGCAUUCUUCAUUUCGGUGUUAUUUGAGGCACCAGUCAUACGGAUAUUGAAGAUUUUUUAUCGCAAAUAGUAAAUUUUGUAGUUGUAGUUGUUUAUUUUAUUGUAUAUUUGUAUAUAUUUAAAUGUAGGAUUAAUUGUAUUGUUUUGAAAAUUUUAAGUAAAAUUAAAUUUUUUUGGAGCUGCCACUUUUUUAAUAAUUUUCAAAUAAAAAUAAAAAUAUAAUUUUUUAAGAGUGAAUUUUUGAAAUUCAAUUUGUAAAAUUUUCUAAUUUUUAUGAUGUAAAAUUUUUGGAGUUGCCACUUUGCUACAAAAAU